AUGCAACCACUCAGCAGACCGCCUUCACGUGAUCUCACCCCAUCUCACCGACUGUCACGCGAAGAGACAUACCAAUUGGCCGACUACGCACGAAGAAAAUCGUCAGACAAGGUGGUCCGAGAAGAUCUCCGACUCCGACUCAGCCAUGGCCACAUGCUAGAAAUGCUCCUGCAAGACAUUGCACGAACGGAGCGAGAACUUCAAACAUCACCCACCGAAGACAAGUACCUGACGGUACAAGAACGAAAGGGGUCUCAAAGUCAGCGGAGGAACGUGGAAGAAGCGACAGAAGUGGUGGAUGAAUAUGGGUUUCCUCUCGAGGAAGAAGACGGCGAGGAGGAUCUGGGGGGAUUGGCGCUGAUGAGGACCGAGUCCAGACGGCCGGUGAGAUGA